UUUCAAUUUGUGCUGUGAAGACAGCAGCGUCUGAACACCACUGAGGAACUAGAUGGAGGAAGAUCAAGCCUUAAAUCAGCCAUUUUUAAUUUGCCCAGGUUUUCCACUUGCUGCUCCAUGCACUAAAGGGAUACAGGCAUUUUCUGUUGUCUUUUUUUAAGGAAAGAGACCACAUCUUAUCUUAUGCAAGAGUCCUGCAUCUUAUCUGGGACAAGCUAAAUGAGCCGAGCAAUGUUCCCAUGCCUGGUGGUGCAGCAGUAUUCUCUCGCAGAAGCACCAUGAAAGCUUUUGGAGUUAUAAGAUGUGGAGUUUGGGUUUUUUGGUAAUAAAUACCUUGAAGGACACUGUAAAGGCCCAUGAUAGCUCUCAUCCAAGGCUGUGCUGAGUGUUCAUGGGAUCAACUCACAGGAUGCAGCCCUGUACUGUUCAUGCAGCUGAGUAAUGGCUCAGUACACAUUUGGUAGGUGGUGGCCUAAGUGGACAAACCAAUAUGUGCCAGAAAAUGAGAGCUGCUACUACUCACAGGAGCCAGCAGUGCUGGUGACUGGGCCCUCUGGAGGCUUCCAAUUCAACCCUAUGUUCCUAGCAGGGCUCUCCCCAGCGUGAGGUCAGAGUGUCCCUGGCUUUGCACAGCUGCAUUGGCAAACUCAUCGAGGAUGGAGAGCCCCCACUUGUCUGCAAACCUGAGUUGCUCAAUGUAUAGGGGAAGGAUUCAUCCAACUUGAACAUGCCAGGCAGCAAUCUGUGCCCGGUUGCUUUUUAUUACAUCAUCUGGCACUACCGAGAAGAGACUGGGUCCAUCAGCUUUGUAAAUGCCCUUCCAGUAGCUGUAGGCUGCUGUCAGAUCCCCACUGGCCUCCCCUUCACUAGACUAAACAAGCCCAACAAGCCCCCAUGUGCCUUAGGAAAAACUACUAAUGCAGUUAAAUAUUUACUUUAGUUGAGGGAUUUCGAAAGUGGAAUAAUAAUAAAAGCCAAAGGUUAUUGAACUGUGUAAGCUCAAUGAGGAGAGAAUAUAAAACAUGUGCAGAGCCAUCUAAACAGAGCCAAUGAACUGUCCUGUAAAUGGGCUUUUUAAAUGUUCACACUUCAAACUCAUUCAAAACAACCUCCCCCUUCCCAAAACCUAAUUAAAAUGCUGCUGAGUCAGAUAUCGCAGAAGGCAAGAAAGGUUGCUGGUAAGAGCUUGCUACCUGCACAUGAGGAGCACCAGCACUGGUCUGGGGUGCCUCCCAGCAGCUGAUGCAAAGUCAGCAGCACUAAGGCAUCUGCUUGCCUGACUGAGGACUCUCCUCCAUGGAGGUCCUCUUCCUGUCACAUUUGCUCUCUAGGGAUUCGGUCUUGGGUGCUGGGAGGGAAGAGUGGAGGCACCUCUAACAACCUUCUGGAUGAGGAAGGACAUAUAGCCCCACACUGUACAUGUCUGGAGCUGGUGGUCACUUGCCCCAUGGACCCCAGCCACCUGCCCCCAUGCAUAUGCAGCACAUCAUACUUGUUUGCAGUGCAAGGAGACCUUCUUUCAUUUCUGGCUCAUCUUUAAUCACAGCAAGUCUGUCUUUGUUGAGUUGUAGUCCACAGUGUUCUUCAGCAGUGAUAUAAAUUUCCAGUCACCGGCCCACUUUUCCAUGCAUCACUCUUUAUUGGUUGGUCGAUUUUGAUUCACCAGAGGAAGGUGAUGAUGGAUAAUGAAAAUGUAGCUUCUCAGAAAAAUGCAGUGACAGUGCUCAUGUGAGAAAACUGACAUCAUGUGUCCAGUCUCAUAGGUGAAGUAGCUGAGAUCUUCUGGAAAGGUGAGCUAUUUUGAAAAGUGCUUCCCUGAAAAGCCGAUAUCUCUCACCCCUGAAGAUUCCUCUCCUGCCUCUUUGCCCUUUCCCUUCUCCGUGUGCUGCUCCUGUGCAUUUAAACUGCAUAUCCAUGCACACAGCUCCCUCCUAUUACAUUAGAUCACAGCUGCACAGAUCAGCUUGAAUUUCCUGACUUUUACACAUGAUGUCUCCCAGCCCAAAUGGAAAUACCUGUCACACAUGAAGAAUGACAGCUGCACAGCUGGAGGGCUAGUUCAGAGAAAAUAUUCCUGGAAGUAAGCUGGCUGGGGUGAGUGAAGAGGAACAGCAGCAUUUCUCAGCCCAGACUUUAGAGCAGAAGGGCUUUAAAGCAGCCUCAACUGUGCAAGAAACUUCAGAGGGACACCCAGCUGAGCAAGCCUGCUGCCAGCCCAGUUCCCAUCCUGGCACCUGCAGCUGGCAGGCUGUGCUGGGAUGGUUUAUCAGCUCCUGGGGCUGGCUUAAUAGGAGGUGUGCAGCUGUGUGAGGGAGCCCAAGCGAUCUUUCUAGGCACACAGUCCUGCUAUUCCCAGCACAGAUCAAACUGUUCAAAAUGUUGCUUUUCCCAGCUCCAGUGAGAUAAGCCAGUGCCCUCCCCUAUAAAGGGAGCUGCAGGCAGAGCAAAGUGUACGGACAUUUGCACCUGAGUAAGCAGCGCCAUGGGUAUGAGGGAGCUGGUAGUGGUGGUGGCAGUGAUGAUCACUGUCAUUGCUCCAGGAGGGGCAGAGCUGAAAGAAGGGAAUAGCCUAAGAAGGCCCCUCUGUGGAAACAUGGUUAAUCUAGAGGCCUGCCCCUUGCUGCACCUGCCUGUCUGCGGCACCGAUGGGAACACCUAUGCCAAUGAAUGCUUGCUCUGUGUGCAGCAAAGGAAAACCAGGCAAGACAUCCGGAUUUUGAGGGAUGGGGAGUGUCAAGGAGUCUGAGCUUUCUGGUAGCUUCUUGAGCCGUGGAAACAGGUGCUUAAUUGAUCCGGUGUGCUUUAUGCUGUUCGCACACUUCAGUCAGUGAUGGUGAAUAAUAAAAUUACAUGCACAAUG